AUGUAUCAACCUGCAGAUAGAGAGAAGAUUGAGCUUUACAUUUCAGCUCGUAAGCUAUCUAAUAAGGAUGUAAUAUCAGAUAGUGAUCCAAAAUGCAAAAUAUUCUUAAAAGAUUUUAAUGGAAUUGAAAAAUAAGUUGGUUAAACAGAAGUUUUAAAGAAUAACCUAAAUCCUGAUUGGAAAGUAUUUAAAUAUCAUAUUAGACAACUAUUCAAAUGGAUUUCAUCUUUGAAAUUAAAUAAGAACUAAGAUUUGAAGUUUGGGAUCAUGAUGACGGAAGCAUUGAUAAAGAUGAUUUAAUUGGUGUUGUUAAUGUAUCUUUCUAUUUUUUAAAUUUUUAUUAGACUACAGUUGGAGAGAUUAUGGGAUCAAGAAAUUAAGUCUAUACAGGAUAAUUAAAAUUAAAGAAUAAAGCUACAGGAACAUUAUUAAUAAAGGGUGAUAAAUUGAAAGAUGACAACAGAUAUAUAUUUUGGUAAUGGGAAGGGAAAAAAAUAAAAAAUGUUGAUGGUUGGUUUGGAGAGUCAGAUCCAUUUUUAAAAUUUUAUAAAUAAUCUGGAAAUGAUUGGUUAUUUGUUCAUGAAACAGAAUUCUGUAAAAAUAAUGAAAAUCCACAUUGGAAAGCCUUCGAAAUUUCAAUGGCUAAAUUAAAUGCUGGACAUACAUAAUAAUAAAUAAAGGUUGAAUGCUGGGAUAACCAAACAGACGGUAAACAUUAAUUUAUUGGUUCAACCUAAUUUACAAUACAUUAAAUUGAAAAUGAACUCAAAAGAGAAUUCAUAUCUCUUUCUUAAAAAGGAGUAUAAAUUAUAUCAUCAAUUAUAGAGUGAUCAUGGUACUCUAUAAUUAACUUAAUUUAAUAUAUUUACUAAACCAUCAUUUAUUGAUUAUAUAAAGGGAGGAGAGUAGAUUAAUUUACUCAUAGCUGUUGAUUUCACAGGUUCUAAUGGAGAUCCAAAAUCUCCAAACUCUUUACAUUAUAAUAAUCCAAAUCAAAUGAAUUAAUAUCAAUCUGCUCUUUAUCAAGUGUCAGAGAUAUUAUUAAAUUAUGAUUUUGAUAAGAAAAUACCUAUGUAUGGAUUUGGAGGAAUCCCUCAUUUUCCUAAUUAUUCAAAGUAAGAAGCAGAUCAUUGGUAUAAAUGUGAAUUAUCAUUAUAGUUUUCCUUUGACAGGCAGUUUUUAAUAACCAGAAGUUUUUGGCUUAGAAGGAAUUAUGGCCUAAUAUAGUGGUGCACUACAACAUGUCACUUUAUCAGGACCAACAUAUUUUGCUCCAAUAAUAUAAUAUGCUUGUUAGACUGCUUAAUAGAAUAUUAAUCAUAAUAUUUAUUCGGUUUUAAUGAUAUUGACAGAUGGAGAAAUUCAUGACAUGAAUUAAACAAUUCAAUUAAUUAAAGGUGCAGCAAGAAUUCCACUUUCAAUAAUUAUAAUUGGAGUUGGUGAUGAAAAAUUUUAAUAGAUGAGAACACUAGAUGGAGAUAAUGGUCCAUUAAAAGGUUCAUCUGCAAGAGAUUUAGUGUAAUUUGUGCCAUUUAGAGACUUUAAAUAAUAAGGAGAAUUAGCCAGAGAAGUUUUAGCAGAACUACCAAAUUAGUUAGUUACCUAUAAAUAACUAUUAGGGAUGUAACCUAAAAAGGUUCCAGAUGUCCAUCUUAGUUAAAUGAUGUGAG